AUGUUCACCCUCACGAUUGACAUCGCUGGGCCAGUGAAGCCGGGUUUGGACUGCACUUCGAAGGGCACUCAGGGUAAGGGGAUGAUGGUCUUCAAGAUCCCUUGGACGUUGAAAACACAAGCAAUGGACCAGAGCAAAGCAAAGGGCCAGAAGCACCUUCUCAACUACCACCACGUGAAGAGAGGGACAACAGCCACAAGCCAAGCACUGGACCAGAGCAAAGCAAAGGGCCAGAAGCACCUUCUCAACUACCACCACGUGAAGAGAGGGACAAUAGCCACAAGCCAAGCACUGGACCAGAGCAAAGCAAAGGGCCAGAAGCACCUUCUCAACUACCACCACGUGAAGAGAGGGACAAUAGCCACAAGCCAGACGAAGGACCAGAGCAAAGCAGAGGGUGAGCAAGGUCGUGAUAGCAAAGAAGAUGUGCCAGGUGAGCAAGGUCGUGAAGGUGGUGAUGAUGAUGAUCAAGUCGUGGAGCAGCCUAGCCUUAUCGGGGCUACCGAGAAGCAGAAGGAGAUCCUUAAAGACUACGAGUGUUCGGAAUACGAGCCAUCACUUCCAGGUGAUGAUGAAGGCGUUCCGCAUGAUGAAGAUCAACCAGACCCUGGCGAGCACGAUCGCGAAGGAGGAUUGCGUCCAGACUGCGAACCUCCUGAGAGUACGGUACUUAUGUUCGCCAAGGCCCUGAAGACCAACGCAGGUACAGAAGUGAAAAGUGCGAUUCAGGACAUUGUUCUCUACCUCGAUGCUCACGGGCUUCCUACUUAUCGGUUUCAUGCUGACCGUGGAGAGUGUUUCAGUCACAGCAUCCGUGGAUGGCUACGAGAUCGACACAUCAAGGCUUCGUGGUCGGAGGCAGGCGUGCCUCAAGGAAAUGGGCGCGCAGAGGCGGCGGUGCGAUGGGUCAAGGCCUUCGAGACCAAGUGGAUUCGAGGCCGUUAUGUUGGACUCAGCAAUCUACUGGAAGGGGGUCAUGUUGUACACGUUCCGGAGUCGGAAGCUAAGAAGGGAGGAGGGUUUUUGCCGGAGCUCGUCGAGAUGAAGGUUCUGGCCCUCAAUGAGAGUGAGUUGGGUGCAUAUGCUAAAACCAAGGCAAAGCUUAUCCUCGAGGACUGGGACGUGACAAAGGCAACGGAACUCGUUGGAGAGCUUGGCGAGGCUGGUUUCUUUGAGGACAAGAAGUUCGGAGUUUAUAGGCAUGGUGGGAGUGUGGGAUGGAUGAAGGGCCUACCCGACCAUCCUGAACUGGGGACGCUGUUGGCCAAGAUCAUAUUGGAGUUCUCCCCGGAAGCGACCUUUACCUCUAUUAUGGUUUCGAAGGACUGUGAUCGGGGCUACCACAAGGACACGAACAAUGACAGCAGUACCAAGAACUACAUAGUCCCAAUUAGGACUCCGGAGCGAGGUGGAGCGUUGUGGGUGGAGCUACGACCUGGUGACCUUCUGGUGGGCGAUAUUCUACAACGGGCCGACAGGCAAGGGCGAGUUCACUAUGGACAGGUCCACGAGAUGAAGGAGGGAAGGGCUGUGGAGCUAGAUCCAAGGCGAGCACACGAAGUUCUACCAUGGGCCCUGGACUCCUACGGGUACCCAACGCCGUUGUCACAGUUGCCAGAGUACUUUGUGAAGGUUCCAGAGUCAGGCCCCAAGUUGGACAAGGUGGAGGUCCAGGAGGAGCCGGUCACAGACAACGACGAGGGCGGCAGCUUGAGCGACGAUGAUUGGGAAAUGUUCGUCGAAGCGGAAAAGGGAUGUGUCAAAGUGGGAACCUCGUCAAAGGGGAGCUUGCGUCAGGACUUUCCUAGAGUGAACAAGACGGAAGUGACCUACACGAAGGACGUGGAGCAGAUCCUGGCCAACCUCACCGAACCCCUCAGAGUGACCUACACAGUGGAUCCACGAGAGGCGCUACUACAUCUAGAUGAGUGGAAGGAAGCCAUCGCUCAGGAGGUCAAGGGCAUUGAGGUAGCAAUCCGAAGACUAAUGCCCGGGACACCAGAGAGGGCGUUGUGGCUCCAGAAGAAGGGUGUGCAGCGUCUACCAACCAAGCUGGUCUAUACCAUCAAGCCGAACGAUGCAGCUGAUCCAGCCGACAAGAAGACGUGGUUUCGGAGGAAGGCUCGACUGGUCGUUUGUGGAAACAUGGCGACGAGCUCAAUGUCUGAUUACUACUGUGAAACGGCUCCUACGGAGGCUGUGCGGGCUGGAUUGGCUAUGUCGCGUUCACGAUGUUGGCAGGUGGCACUAAUCGACGUGGUCGCCGCCUUUAUCCUCACCCCGAUCGGCGAGUCAGCGCGAGAUCCAGUCAUUGUGGUUUGCCCGCCAAAGGUGUUGGAGAGGCUAUCAUUGACUUUGCCUCAAGAACUGUGGGGCUUGAUUAGGGCCCUAUACGGUUUGAGGGAGGCACCAAUGCUCUGGUCGGCCUACCGCGACAGGACGUUGGCUAGCAUGGUUACGCCGUCUGGGUGGCGCCUCAAGCAGGGCAGAACCGUAACAUGUUGGUGGGUGGUUACAGACGAGUCGGGAGACAUGAAGGCGCUGAUCAUCAUAUACGUUGAUGACAUGCUAAUCAUUGGGCUGGAGGACGCGGUGAUGGAAGUGGCCAAUCUGGUACAGAGUGUAUGGGCUACAAGUCCGUUGACCUUUUUGCGACGGGAUAAUCCACUCAGGUUCCUUGGGAUGGAGCUGUCUAUGACCGACGAUGAGUCAAUGAUUCUGGUGGGACAGCAAGCCUACAUCGAGGAGUUGUGUCGCAACUAUGGCGUCCAGAAGCCCGACAAGAUCCCUGUAAGCAAGGAGACCGCAAGCUUCAGCGUGAUGGACGGGGACAUGGAAGCAGAUGAGGGUGGCAUUGCUCAGGCUCAGCGGGUCACAGGAGAGUUGUUGUGGAUAUCCCAGAAGACCCGGCCAGACCUGUCGUAUGGAUGCUCAUUGUUGUCCUCGCUUACCCUUAAAGCCCCGUACCGAGCGGUGGAGGUGGGAACAAAGAUGAUCAGGUACCUAUAUGGCACCAAAACGUGGCGCAUGGCCUUUCGGAAGGGAGACAACACCCUCACAAUGUUCCCCGACGCCGCCUUCGCGCCGGAGAGUGAAAGAAGCCAUACAGGGUGGUUGGUGGUAUGGGGAAAGAACCCCAUUGCAUGGCGAUCGUCGCGCCAGCCAACCAUAGCGCUGUCAACGGCGGAAGCAGAGCUGACAGCCAUCCUUGAAGGCGCCGUGGCUUUGUUGGGGAUAGAGACCCUCUUGGUGGACCUCUCGGAGGAGAUUGAGGUGAGGAGGAUUGUCUGCACUGACCAUCAGUGCAGGGAACGGCUCAUGGAGGACACGUCAUCUUAG